AUUAAAAAAAAGCGCUGAUCUCUUCUUUCACUUUCCUUCCUGCGUCUGUCCGGUGGUGCAGCAUUAAAACGGGUCUUGAAUUCGGUGCUUUGUCUCCAGUUAAGUUCUUGAUUUGACAUCAUGGCAGCUGCAAAACCUGUUUAUCAGUCUCUGGACCACGACAGCAGCUAUGAACUUCUACCAUCCAACAUGUCUGAGUUGAGGGUUGUCGUACUUGGAGACAGCUGGUCUGAGAGGAGUUCAGUGGGGAGGUUCAUUCUGGGCGUGGAGGCUUUCAAAGAUGAAAUUAAGUCCUGUUUCCGAAUCAGCACAACACAAAAAGAGAAAAAAAUAGCAGUCAUCAACACUCCAGAUCUGGACUUUACAACAGCAGAGGAACAGACACAGUUUAUAAAAGACUGUAUGAGUGCCUCUGCUCCUGGACCUCAUGUGUUCCUGUUGCUUGUGCAGCCUGAAGAUUUCACUGACAAACACAAAGAGAGGUUCAACAAUGUUCUAAAAAAUUUCAGUGAUCAAUCGUUUGAUCAUUCAGUGAUACUGAUUUUAACACCCAAAGAGCAGAGUUCAGGUUUGAUGGAAAAAUACCUCCAAAAACCUCCAUUACAGGAGAUGAUCAGAAAAUGUAGAUACGGAAAUUUAAUGCAGAAGAACCUUAAACUUCCAGAGCUGCUAACAUGCUUCGGGCAAAUCUUUAAAGAGAACAAAGAAGAGUAUGUGAGCUAUGAAGUGUUCCAUGAAACAACAGGCAGUUUACCAGUUGAUGAUCAGAGCCACAAACAAAAUAACACAACAGGUUCCAUCAUGGCUGCUGUUACAGAUGCUGGUAUCCAAGGAAUUAAAAACCCUGAUCAGUUCCUAGUGGUUGAGGAAAACUCUUCAAUUGGCGCAUCUGCCUUCAGAGUUGUGCUGUUGGGAAAAAGUGACGACAAAAAGAUAAAACUUGGUAACCUGAUCAUGCGACGGCAACAAUUUCAUUCUUUCAUUCAAACCAAACACUGUGAGGUCUCUUUUGGAAAGUGGGAAGAAAAAAAAGUAACAGUUGUGAAAACUCCUGACAUGUUCAGUCUGGCUGUGGAAAAUAUCUGGGAAGUGAUGCGACAUUGUUUGAGUCUCUGUCCUCCUGGACCAAAUGUUCUGCUGCUGUUAGUGAAGCCUUCAGCUUUCACAGAGGCCCACAGAGAAACACUGAAGUUCAUUCUGAGUUUGUUUGGAGAAGAUGCCUUUAAAUACUCAAUGGUCAUCAUAACACAUGAGAAUGAAAUUAAUGUCUCUGUUAAUGAUCUCCUUACCAACUGUGGAGGAAGAUACUACAACAUGUGUGAUGAUAACUAUACAUCAUUAAUGACGAAGAUUGAAGAAACAGCAAAUGAAUGCAUCAAGCUCUCCCUGAUGUCAGAGCAGAAGAAACCAUCUUUAAACCUGGUUGUGUUUGGGAGGAGAGGAGCAGAGAAGACUUCAGCAGUCAAGGCCAUUUUAGGUCAGACAGAGCUUCCUUCAGCCUCCAGCUCAUCAGAGUGUGUUAAACAUCAGGGAGAGGUGUGUGGACGUUGGCUUUCCCUGGUGGAGCUGCCUGCCUUGUAUGGAAAGCCUCAGGAGGAAGUGAUGGAGGAAUCAUUCAGCUGUGUCUCCCUCUGUGAUCCUGAGGGGGUCCACGCCUUCAUCCUGGUCCUACCUGUGGGUCCCCUCACUGGUGAAGACAAGAGAGAGUUGGAAAUAAUCCAGAACACAUUCAGCUCUCGAGUCAAUGAUUUCACCAUGAUUCUGUUCACUGUGGAGUCAGAUCCUGCAGCUCCAGCUGUUGUUAACUUUAUCAGAGACAACAGAGACAUCCAGGAGCUCCGUCAGAGCUGUGGAGGAAGAUCUGUUGUUCUCAACAUCAAGAACAAGCAGCAGAUCCUGAAGCUGCUGGAGGCCGUGGAAACAAAUAUUCCUGAUAGUAACAAACCUCAUGGUUUUACAACUAAAACCUUAACAUUAGACAAAAUGAAGGAGGUUUUACAGCUACAGGCUGAACUACAGGAGGCCAGGACAAAGACCAGGGUUAAAGAUGAUAAAGAGAAGCAGAGCUCCGACUGUUUCAGGAUUGUUUUGAUCGGAAAGACCGGCAACGGGAAGAGUGUUUCGGGAAACACCAUUGUGGGAAGAGAAGAGUUUGAAUCCAAAUCCUUCCAAAACUCUGUUACUAAGAACUGUAAGAAAGCUCAGAGUGAGGUGGACGGUCGUCCUGUUGCUGUGGUCGACACUCCUGGUCUGUUUGAUGAUAGUUUGUCCAAGGAGGAGAUUAAUGAGGAGUUGGCCAAAUGCAUCAGUCUUCUGGCUCCAGGACCACAUGUCUUCCUGCUGGUGAUACCGAUUGGUAGGUGUACAGAAGAAGACAAGGAGGCUUUAAAACUCAUCAAGAAGGUUUUUGGUAAAAACUCUGAAAAGUUCACUAUCAUUCUUUUCACAAAAGGAGAUGAACUGGAGCAUCAUAAAAUCUCCAUUGAAAAAUACAUAGAAACUGGAUGUAACGAUUCCUUCAAGAAGCUGAUUGCUGACUGUGGAGGAAGAUACCACGUGUUUAAUAACCGCGAUGCGAACAACCGCUCACAGGUCAGUGAGCUGAUAAGAAAGAUCGACACCAUGUUGGAGGAAAAUGGAGGCAGCUGUUACACCAACAAGAUGCUGCAGGAAGCUGAAGCAGCGAUACAGAAAGAAAUGAAGAGAAUCCUGAAAGAAAAGGAGGAAGAGCUGAAGAAACAGAGGGAGGAGCUUGAAACAAAACAUGAGCAAGAAAAGGAAGAAAUGAAAAUUAGAAUGGAAGAACAGAGAGCAGAUAUAGAAAAGGAAAGACAACAGAAAGCUGAGGAACUUAAAAGAAUGGAAGGAAGCAUCAACAAGGAACGUGAACAGAGGAAAAAAGAAAAGGAAAUUAGAGAACAGGAAGAGAGGAAACGAAAAGGGGAGGAAGAACUUCAACAGCAGAAGUGGAAACAAGAACGAGAAGCUUUGGAGAAAAAAAUCAUGUCCGAAUCAGAAGAAAAGGAGACAAUUGACAAAAAACUGGAGAUGGUCAGAAAAGACAUGGAAGAAAAACGAGAAGUCUGGGAGAAAGAACGGAAAGAGUGGUGGGACAACCGACAACGAGAAGAUGAAGAGAGACGUCAAGAGGAGAAAAGAAAACUAAACAAGCUUCAAAAGGAAUUUGAGGAGGAGAGAGAGACAUAUGAACAGAAAAGAAAAGCUGAUGAUCAAAAGAGAAAAGAACAGGAGGAGAAAGAAAGACAAGAAUUAGAGGAAAAGUACAGGAAACAAAUGGAGGACAUGAAGAAGACAUACGAAGAGGAGGCCAGAAAACAGGCUGAAGAGUUUAAUGAGUUCAAAGAGAAAUAUGAAAAAGAUCUGAAAACUCUGAUGGAAAAACAUGACGAUGAACUGAAGGAUCUGAAAGAGAAACAUGAGAAAGAAAAACAAGAAGAACAACAGAGACACGGCGACGAAUACAAUCUGUUAAAUGAACUCGCAUCUCACAAAGAGGAAGAGCUGAAAGAUGAUGUGAAGAAGAAGGAGCAAGAACUAAAAAAAGAAGUUGCUGAGAAAAAUAAAAUACAGCAGGAAAAAGAGAAGAAAGAAAAACAAAUGAAAGAAUUGGAAGAGCUGAAGAAAAGACAAGAGGAAGAACUAAAGAAAUUAAAAAGCAAAGUGGUAGUAAAACUUUGUACCACAUCCUGAACAUCCUUAAACUGCAAACUGAUUUUACAUCAUCACAGUUUCGCAUUCGACCCCACACAGACACAAAAACAGCUGUGUUCACAUCUGUCUGGCUUUUGUGUUUCAUUCUUAUUACUUUUUGGCAGAUAAAGUUUUCAGUGUCAGUUUUAACAUAAGUUUGUAAUGAGUCAAAUUUGAGCUGAUUUUCUGUAAUAUGUCUGGUUUAAAUUCAAAACAAUUUAAUUUUCUCACAUUAACAUCUGAAUUUAAGUUGCUGACAUUGACACUGUGUCCUUUUACAAGAUUUUUUUCUUUUUUAUGCUUAACAAUUUUUAUGUGUUCAGCUUUAUUUGACUUUAUACUAUUUUCAGAUUUUUGUUAUUUUUGUGGGAGAGCAUACGAUGAGGUUUUAAAAUAAAUUCUGGACUAUGAAAUGUAAUGUGAUGUGGUUGCUGCAUGCAGAGCUAUUUUCGUAUGUACACAUAUUUUAACAGAUAUUAAAGCAAACAUUUUCAUUUUAAAUUAGACCUAUUAUCUCUAAACCGAUUAUCACAUUGUAACAUUAAAUCACAUAAAACGUGUAAAAUUGUCUUGUGCAUGAUUAUAUCAUCAAUAACCUGAAUUUUUUAAGGAUGUUUUAUGUUCAGAAUUAGCUCAAAAGAAAUUAUUUAAUCUCCUGAUGAAACAAAAUCUUGGAUUUUUUUAGAGAUAAAGUAUAAGAGUAUUUAGGAACAGUGAUGGUUUUACUUGUUUUUACUCACUUUAACUUCUUAUUCAUAAAUAAACUGUUUCCAAGAGUAAUUUGGAAAAAUUGUGUGUUUUUGUUUCUUCUACUUGAUUUCAUAACCCAAGAGUACAAUUCCAGAGAGGUCAAGAAGUUAGAAAAACCUGGAUUCAGGUGAUCUCUGGUUGCAAACUGUCAUGUUUUUGUUUUUAAUAGGUGGACACGGCUAAAGACGUUAGGGGCCAAAUUGUUGUGAGUUAGUCGCUUUUCUGCUUUCUCCAUCGCUUGUGAUGAAAGCAUGGACACAACCGACUUGGCCCAACUUCUAGUCUUCAUUCGAGGCGUUAAUGAGAACUUUGAUGUGUGUCAGGAACUAGCGAGCCUUGAGACUCUGAAAGGAACAACAAAAGGCAUGGAUUUUUUUAUGGCAGUACAGCAAGUUAUGGACAAAAAUAGCUUGAAGUAGGAAAACCUAUGUGGCAUCACUACUGAAGGAGCCCCGGCUAUUGUC